AUGUCAGAUAAUAUAACCGGUAAUAAUGAGCUGUUGGCAAAAGAACUCGUUGCAACUGGACAAUCUUCUGUAAUGAGCGAUGACAAGGCUUUCAGCGAUACAAAAUUGUCUGAAUUGGAUCUGGCCAUUGUCAGAGCUAGGUCUCUUCUUCGCACGUUAAACUCUGGAAUGGUCAACAGCCCAAUUGAAGAAACAAGGUUUUCGCCAUUAAUGGAAGAUCUAGAUGAGCCUGGGAAAUCGCUGACAAAACACGGUAUCAACUGUACACCACGCGACUCAAUGGAAGGCGGCCACGAGGAAGCGAACAUUGGCACCAAAUCUUCGGAAGAAUCCGUGAUGACAACCAUAUCAUCCCUCAUGAGAGCAUUGGAUGACUCUAUGAGACAAAUUCAGCAGCUAAAACUGAAAAAUAUGCUCCUCAAGUCGAAUAGCGAUAACUUACAAUCUUCCUAUGUUGUGGAGGAGAAUCUGAGAAAACAGCAGUUCGAGCGAAUGAAAUACCAAUUUCUUCUGGAAAAAGAGCAGCUUAUAGAAAAGCUACGUGCUAAAGAGAGCAAGGUGGCCAAAUAUAAGUCUCGUGUUAUGGAGAAAAAUCGACAAAUCAAUAAGCUCACGAGGAUUCUGAACGAUAGCGCAAUUUUGGAUACCUCCGCUAGUGAGACUUCCGAUUCUACCACCAGGAGAUCUGUUACGAGCAUACCUUUGAGUUCGAGCUCAAAGUACAAGACGUCUGACAUGCUGAAGACGCUUGGACUUUUAGCGUCGCAAGUAUUGAAAGAUGAAGUGGAUGAGGAUUCCGGUAAUCAAACCAUCCUGCAGGUGGCAGAUAAUACAACAGAUUCUGAGGGUUUGCAUACACCGAUAUUUGAUGAUCAGCUGCGGCUUCCGAGCCAGGUUUCUGGUGAUCGAGCUGCUCCGCCGUCCUACUCAAUUGCAAAAAAUUAA